CGCCACUGUCGGUUAGAAUUUGCAUGAAUUUUUUCACCCGUCGAGGUCGUAGCUGGACGUUCCUGGGUCGACUGGAGAAACAAAAGAUACUUGGGUCUGCAUUUAGCUGAUUGGCGGCUAACCUAGAAAAUUUAAAAAACCAGAAGAACGUAAGCCCCAGAAAAAAAUGCCUUAUACUUUGAUCCAGACGUUAAAAACAAAAAGUAUUGUCAGGGCAGUCCGUUUUAACGUCGACGGCGAGUACUGCGUUGUCUGUGCCAGUGAUCGACGUCUUUAUUUAUACAACCCGCACCGUAACGCGCUUCUAAAAACGUACAGCGGCCAUGGGGAAGAGGUAGUAGAUGGACAUUCUUCAUGUGACAGCAGCCAAAUAGUAUCUGGGGGCCUGGACAAGUCAGUCAUCCUCUGGGAUGUCUCGACCGCGAGUCCUCUGAGAAGAUUCCGGGGUCACGCGAGUGGAGUUACCUCAGUAAAGUUCAGCGAGGAGUCGACUCUAGUGGUCUCAGGAUCACGAGACAAUGCAGUGAAACUCUGGGACAUCAGGUCCAGGUCCCAGGAUCCUGUCCAGACUUUGUCUGAUGCCAAGGACGCGAUUUCUGCGGUAAGAAUUUCAGACCAUGAAAUUCUGACCUCGUCCUUUGAUGCUAGAAUACGGAGGUACGACGUCCGCGUGGGUCAGCUGACUACUGAUUGCCUUGGAGAUGCUGUCACUUGUGCAUCUUUUACCCGUGAUGGCCAGUGCACGCUCACUAGCUGCGCUGAUGGGGUCCUGAGGCUGCUGGACAAAGACACUGGGGAGCUGCUCAACGAGUUUCGUGGACAUGUAGCUGGUGAUUUGUGUCUGGAAUCUUCUGUAGACUUCCAGGACACCAGAGUACUCUCGGGAUCAGGGGACGGGUAUCUUUGGAUUUGGGACUUGGCUUCCGGGCAAGUUGUUGAUAAACUACGUGGGGAAUUUAAAUAUCCUGUGGUAUCGAUCAGCGUUCAUCCAACAGAUAAUUUUAUUUUAGCUAGUAAUGGCAGUAAUGUUUUUAUGUGGAAGUAUGAAGAAUAAUUUUAUUUAUAUUAAUAAAAAAUUUUUAAUUUAUUGCAUUA